CCGGGAUGGAGAGGGCCCGGGCGGAAUCCAGGGAAGACCUAGCCGGGCCCGAGUUGCCAACGCAGGACUUGGAAAACCAGGUCCCGGGAGUGGAGCAGCCGCAGGCCCCUGCGGAGGAGCAACGACCUGACAGUCCCGAGAGCGGCCCGGCGGCAGCCGUGCCGGAGGCGACCGGCGCGGGCCCGGACCUCUCCGGCGAAAAGAAGCUGCCGUCGCCUGCCUCGGUGCGCCUGCGAGUGCUGCCACCCAGCCUGGGCUAUGGCGCCUUCCGCCGCCAGGCGUCCUCCGGCCCCGAGCCGCCGUCGCCGGGCCCCGCGGCGGCCGAGCAGUCCCGGGACGGCGAGGCGGAGGGGGCCGAGCUGGUGCCCGGGGCCGAGCCGAGGGAGCCGCCGCCCGGCACCUGGGCGCCCGUGGGACUGCAGGUGGACGUGCGCGUGAAGCCCGUGAGCGCGGCCGGCAGCAGCGGCGCGCCCUCGCCCGCGCCCUCCAGGCGCUUCAUCACCGUGCCGGUGCCCGAGUCCCCGGCCUCCUCCCGCCACGCCUCCCCGGUGUUCCCGCUCCUGCCGCGGACCGCGUCCUUGGGCAGCACGUGGGGCCGGGGCUCGCCGCUGGCUGCAGCCCGGGCGGAGCACGGCCUCGAUGCCGAGGAGGGCGUGGAGCCCCCGGGGUCCCCCCGCUGCCGCUGCCGCUGCCAGGAGCAGGCGCGGGAGAAGGAGGACGCCGUGCUGCUGCGCCGCGCCCAGGCGGACGGCUACGAGAAGCUGCACCCGGCCACGAAGCUCCUAGGGCUGCCCAUGUACAUGAAGUCCCUGCGCUGGGCCCUGGUGGUCAUGGCCGUGCUCCUGGCGGUGUCCACGGUCGCCAAUGUGGUCCUGGCCUCCAGAACAGGGGCGGGGUGCCAGCCAUGCCCCGAGGGCUGGCUGUGGUCCGGGGAAAACUGUUACUUCCUCUCAGCCGAAGCUCAAGCCUGGGAGGCCAGCCAGGCUUUCUGUUCAGCCCACCAUGCCACCCUCCCCCUGCUGAGCCACACCCAGGACUUCCUGGGUAGAUACCCCAUCACCAAGCACUCCUGGGUGGGGGCCCGGCAAGACCCCCAGGGCUGGCGCUGGAUCGACGGGGCCCCCCUGCCAUCCCAGCUACUCCUAGAGGAAGACAAGGACCAGCCAGGUUUCAAGUGCGGGGGCCUGGAAGGAGGCAAGCUCGUGGCUUUGGACUGCACCUCUUCACGACCCUGGGUCUGUGCCAAGGGGACCAAGUGA